AUGGAGAGCUGCGAUCCAUCAGCUCAGACCUACGAGGACUCUUCAGACCCAAGCGAAAGCAGCCACUUUGACUCUAACCUGAUCAGCUACAGUUCAAGUGACCCGAAAUCGUUGACCGGUUUGAACUUGUCAGUCUGUCGGAAGGUUAAUCCAGGUGUCAGGGUCCUCGAGAAGGAACCUGCUGAUCAUCCGAAUCCUAGACCAGUUGAUCUCCAGCCUAGAACCAUACAAAGUCAUGGUCCUGGUCAUCAACACCACCAACACCAUCCACCCCACCAUCAAUUCGACCACUUUGGCCGCGACCUGUCGCUGUUGAAGCCCAAGAACUUCCAGUUUGAGCGGGCUCACGUGCUAAGUGAUCAUCCGGACCUGGACAAGGAGUACGGAACCACCAGGACCAGGAGACAGAAGCUUGCUGGAGAGUUCAAGGAGCUUGGACUGACCAAAAACUACAUGAUGAAGGAGUUUGGGUUGGUGGACCACCAAGGCAUGAUGGGUGUCGGACAUCUAGGAACCAGGAUCAUGGACGGCUCAGCUUGUGAGUUCAGGAACGGAUUGGGAGUUCAGCGAGCUCCUAAUGAACAUAGUACUGAGAGAAGACAGCUUCUGGGGGCUAUUGAUUUCGGACAGAACGUGUCCUUGCCUAACAGGAUGGUCAUUCAUCACCAGCCUCAGCAGCAGCAGACGACUUCCUUUACUAUUGAUGCUAUUCUGGGGAAAAAUAGCCAGCGGGAAAAGUACCAGAGGUGCGCUGUUGGGAACAGAAAACUUUCCAGGCAAGAGUUCUUCAGCAAAUCUUAA